AUGACAGGAAGCGGGACCCAAGGCGGGGGUAGCCAGCGGGUUGCCUCCAAGCUGGACCCUAAUCAAAAGAAGGUUGUCAAUGGCCUUGAAGAACUGCCAUGUCUCAAUGUUGCUGUCAACGUGGAGGGUCUGGAGAAGCUGUCGGUCAUCUAUGGUGCUACGAUUGAAGAUAGCCGUGUCUACCACGUCUCCUAUAUUGUGCCAUCAGACUUUGUGGGCACGCCCAGGAUUUCGUUCAUGUUCAAAUAUACCUGUUAA